CCAUGCUGGCGGCACCAUCUUUCAGGGCCCACACCCUUCACUAACUUUCUCUCUCUAUAACAACUAGCUAUAUAUAAAAGUUAGAUUGUAUAUUUACUAUAUUACAUCUACCCAUUGCCACCAUUGAAGAUCUUGAUCAGUGGCAAUCCAGCCCUGUUACAUCAACCCACUCGGUUUGAAAAAAAUUAAUCUUGAUUAUGUUAUAUCUAUUUUUGGUCGAGUAGCGGGUGAACAAAAGAAUGGUGGUUCCAGACGCGGAGAUCAUGUCGCCCGGGGAAGUCGAGUCGCCGCUCCAGUCCGAUCAACAUCAAGAUAGGAAUAAUAUCCAGCUUGGGCGACAAUCUUCAAUCUAUUCACUUACGUUAGAUGAAUUUCAACACACUAGUGGAAAGAAUUUUGGUUCUAUGAAUAUGGAUGAGUUUCUUAAUAGCAUUUGGACCGCUGAAGAAAACCAGGCCCAAGCCCAGGCCCAUUUUCACCCUUCUGCUGCCGGUAACGGUGGUGGUGGUGGACAGUUUAUGAUGGGGAUCAACACGAACUCGGUCGAAUCGAAUAUGAUUGCUCGGCAACAAAGCUUGAGUAGACAAGGAUCGUUGACUCUUCCGGGCUCGUUGUCUCGGAAAACGGUCGAUGAGGUUUGGUCGGAGAUUCGAAAAGCUCCUGGUUCGGGUUCGGGUUCGGCCCAACGCCAACCGACUUACGGAGAAAUGACACUUGAGGAUUUCUUAGUGAACGCCGGGGUGGUUAGGGAACAAAAUCAACCAAAUGUGGUUCAAGUUCAACCAGUGGCCAUUGCACCGUUCGGGUUAUAUCCGAACGGAAGCAAUCGGGUUGUUGGGCCACCACAUGGACCGGCCCAUAUGGUAAGGCCGGUAAUGGCCCCACCGGCUCGUUUUUCAGGAAAACGAGCCGGUCCCUGCCAGCAACCACCGCCUCCAUAUUAUCCCAACAUGGUGGGAAAUGGAGGCGGUGGUUAUGGGCAGGGGCUUGGUACCGGGUCACCAGCGAGCCCGGUAUCUUCAGAUGGCAUUGCUACGAGUCAGCUCGAAAGCGGGAAUCAAUACGAGAUGGAUAUGGGUGCCAUAAGGAACGGUAGGGGUCGGAUAAUCGAUGGUUCGGUGGAGAAGGUGGUGGAGAGGCGGCAGCGGAGGAUGAUAAAGAAUCGCGAGUCCGCGGCAAGGUCCCGGGCUAGAAAACAGGCUUACACAGUUGAAUUGGAGGCAGAAUUGAACAUGUUGAAAGAGGAGAAUGCUCAAUUGAAACAAACUUUGGCAGAAAUAGAGAGAAAAAGAAAACAACAGUUUUUUGAAGAAAUGAGGAUGAAAAGUGUGCCAAAAGGUCAAAAAAUGAAAGAUAAGUUAAGAAGAACCACGAGUUGUUCAACCUGAUAACCGCGGCUAGUGAUCACUCAUCAGUGUUGAGUAAGUAGAUCGCGUAUUGAAAGAUCGACUAUAUACGCGACACGUUUGUAGGUUGUGAAUUAUAUUUAGUCAUCAUAGAUGGGCACUUUUUCGGCAUGUAAAUCCGACAAUCUGUAGCUAGCAUUUGUACCUGUUAACGUUGCAUUUUCAACUAAACAGUUGAGUUGAAUAAUAUCAUCAGCGUCAGUGGCGAA